UGGGCAGGCUUUUACAGCUUUUUUACGCGUCUCAGCUGUUUUUUCCUAAUUAAACCCGGAACUGUGAAGCUGCAAGAUGGCGCGUUCGGGGUUGAAAGCUGUUGUUGGAGAGAAGAUUUUAAACGGUGUAAUAAAAAGUGUUAAAAAGGACGGCGAAUGGAAGGUUCUAAUUGUGGAUCACCCCAGCAUGAGGAUUCUGUCAUCCUGCUGCAAAAUGUCCGAUAUCAUGGCAGAAGGCAUUACAAUUGUGGAGGACAUCAACAAAAGACGCCAGGCAAUCCCUACCUUAGAAGCAAUUUAUCUGAUUUCACCCACUGAAAAGUCAGUUCGAUCGGUGAUUAACGACUUCAGAGAGACCCCCAGCUAUAUGUACAAAGCUGCUCAUAUAUUUUUUACAGACUACUGUCCUGAUGCCCUCUUUACUGAAAUAGGAAGGGCACGGGUGUCGAAAGUUAUUAAAACACUUAAAGAAAUUGGAGUUGCUUUUCUGCCUUAUGAAUCUCAGGUAUACACCUUGGACAAUGCAGAAUCAUUCCACUGUUUUUUUAGCCCGCUGCGAUCAACAGAGAAGAAUAAGAUGAUGGAAGAAAUGGCAGAACAGAUUGCGACUCUUUGUGCCACUUUAAAGGAGUACCCUGCUGUGCGCUAUCGAAAGGGAUAUGAUGACAAUUUUACUUUGGCUGGAUUAGUGUUGGACAGACUGAAUGCUUAUAAGGCUGAUAAUCCCAGCAUGGGUGAGGGUCCAGACAAAGCUCACUCUCAGCUGCUGAUCAUCGAUAGAGGCUGUGAUCCAGUGACUCCUGUCCUUCAUGAACUCACCCUCCAGGCAAUGGCCUAUGAUCUUUUAGACAUUGAUCAAGAUAUUUACCAGUAUGAAACGACUGGCAUUGCAGAGUCCAGAGAGAAGAAAGUCUUGUUGGACGAGAAUGAUGAGCUGUGGGUCCAGCUGAGGCACAUGCAUAUUGCUGACGUGUCAAAAAAAGUAACCGAACUUUUCAAGAAAUUCUGUGAUGGCAAAAAAAUGAGCACUGAAAAGGCCAAUAUUAAAGACCUGUCUCAGAUACUGAAAAGAAUGCCUCAGUACCAGAAGGAGCUCAGUAUGUACUCCACUCAUGUGCAUUUAGCAGAUGCUUGCAUGAAGCGUUAUAAAGAAUAUUUGGACAAGUACCAGCUUUGCAAAGUGGAACAAGAUUUAGCAAUGGGCAAAGAUGCAACUGGAGAAAAAAUAAAAGAUUCAAUGAAGAGCAUUGUUCCAGUGCUUUUAAACACAGAAGUUCAAAAUUAUGACAAAAUCCGAAUCAUCCUCCUGUAUGCUUUCUUGAAAAAUGGAAUCAAUGAGGAAAACCUUAAGAAACUCAUCCAGCAUGCCAACAUUCAAGAGAACAGCAACAUUAUUAAGAAUAUGCAGCUCCUGGGAGCACCUGUUGUAACUGGGACUUCGACGAAUGCAAAUGCAAAGCUGGAAAGAAAAGAACGACCGGAACAAACCUAUGAUGUCUCCAGGUGGACACCUCUUGUCAAAGACGUGAUGGAAGACAUUACUGAAAACAAACUUGACAAGAAACUCUGGCCAUUUGUGUGUGAACCAGCUCCAAACACAACUUCUCAAGUAGCCGUGAGUGCUCGGUUUGGCCACUGGCACAAAAACAAAGCUACAGUGGAGUACCACACCGGACCCAGACUCAUCAUUUUCAUCCUUGGAGGAAUGACAAUGUCUGAAAUGCGUGCUGCUUACGAGGUUACCAAAGCAACCGACAACAAGUGGGAAGUGCUGAUUGGUUCCACUCACAUCCUCACUCCAAGCAAGUUCCUGAGUGACCUUUCAACUCUGGAUAAGCCUUUACCAGAAACUUCUUAAGGCUCAUCAUCUGACUGAAAUGCACUGCUGAGGUGUGUCGUGCACUUUGCUGGUCUUCGAAUUCUUCAGAGCUUACCACCCACCCUGCCAAGUCCCAAUUUCAAGAAUGUGUAUCACUACUGACGUAAUUCUUUUAAUUGAUAGGUUUAAUGCACAGCAAUGAAAUGGGUCUCUUUUGACGAGCAGAGCAUUCAUUUGGUCCCCACAUCACACCAUAAAAUCUUUUUUAUUUUCCACAACGGCCUUUAUUUAUAUCUGACAAAGCUUUGGUUGUGCUUGCUUACGCACAUCUUCAGAUUACCUAGGAGUCAAUAAAGGGGGGAUACUCCUACUCUGUAGAUAUUGUGCCAAAGUACCAGGCUGUUUGGAAGUCCAUAAUUAUUUAAAGACAUAGCGAAUACACGUUCAAGGUUGUAUUUGUGGUCACAUUUAUUAGACAAAUCGGUUUGGUAAAGGGCCUGUUGACGAAGCAAAUCCCCAUGACGUGACAAGUUUUAUUGAAAAGCUGACAGUCGGUCACUUCAGAACGUGGAGUUCAUAGGGUGCUCACGAGAAUAAAAAUCUUCCAAAGACUACUUUCCAGAAGUGUAAGCAAUCGCGCCAAACUAUUUUAAAAUAUGUUGACUUUUAUGCCAUUGUCCAAAUUGUUGGUGUGAGUAACAAUUCUUAAAAUAUAUCUUAGUGCUUGCAAAGUUUUCCUAUCGACAUGUAAAACUGGUGUUCAUUUUUAGACUGACUUUUGUAAGACAGGCUGAGAUUAAAAGUGAAGCCGUUUUUUGUUAGUAACCGGAAAAAGCUAAAAUGUUCAACAGUUCCUUCGAUUAAACGUUUUCUGCGUUUUCUUGAUUUGUAAUGAGAGGUUCGGAAAUCAUUGCUAAAUUUAGUUUGUGCUUCUUCAUCGUGACCUACACUUGUGUAAUUCCUAGGCUCUCUGGUUUUACUUUUUUCGUAUUUCGGUAAAUCGUAAUUUAGGCAAGUUGGUCGCUCAGGACCGUGUUUUUGUUCUAGGGGAAAAAAAAAAAAUGAUCUGCAUCUCCCGAUUUUUCUAAAAAUCACGAUAAACUUUAUAACAUCUUACAGUAUGGCGCUUCCACGUAACUCCUUUUAAUGUUUAUCUCUGUUGUAAUUUUCUACCAGUUUUGAAUGUCUUAAUUUUCUAUCGCUCGAUUUUUAUAAUGUUGUUUUUGAAGUUUGUCUGUUAGGGCAGCACUUUUUUUUUUUGUUAACUCUUUUUCUUCAUUAUAUUAAUGUCUAUUUAAUCCCAAACAUAAGACUUCUGUUAAUUCACUAUUCUUUCAAAAAGAAAAAAAUGAAACUGAAAAAAAAAAAAAAGAGAGAGCAGCGUAGGCGUAAAUAUGGCCUCCAGCUGCUGUGAUAUCUUGGCCGUGUGUCAAGAUGCAUGAACACUGAGUAUCUGGCUGAUGGUCAUUUCCAGUCUUCAUCACAUGACGUUUUGAUUGAGACGUUGGGCUGUAAUUGCUGAGAAUCGUUUGCUGUGACCUGCCAGCCACACUCCUCUUUUGUCUUUUUAAAUCAUGUUGAUGCAGUGCCGUGAUCCAAGUAUGUUACAAGCCAACGCCAUGUCCUCUCACAAGGCACUUAUUUGUAUCUUUGAAAAAGCAAACUUAAGAUGAUUCCUCUUUUAUCCUCAGCUAUUAUUUGUAAAAAUAGACUUUCUUUAAAAUAAGCAGUGCUACGUGAAUGACUUUAUGCAACAUUACAUUUAACCUUUUGAUUUCUCUUGAUAUUUAUUAAAUACACAUCAUUAGAGCAUAGCCUUUUGAAACCCAGCUCCUUGUUAUAGAGGUCAGUGAUGAAUGUUUAAUUUAUAAAGGUUACUUUUAUU